AUGAGGAGCAGGGAUGAGCACUUGGUGGGUAUAAAAGCCGAUGUGUUGAGAGACCCAGGCCAGAAAAGAUCCCGAGCUGAAUGCAACUCUUCACACCGGUACUCGAGUCUUCAAAGGGGCACAAUGGAAGACAACCAGCAGAAGUGUCACAUCUCCCGCUCCGCAAGAGCUCAACUCAAUUUCCCGGUGAGCAGAAUUGAGCGCUUUCUUCGAGAAGGAAACUUCUCUCAGCGUUUGAGUGCUUCCGCACCAGUUUUCCUUGCUGGCGUACUAGAGUACCUGACAGCUGAUGUGCUUGACCUGUCCGGCAAGGAGGCCCAAGCUAGCGGCAGGAAGCGCAUAACUCCAGAGCACGUAUCCUGGGCUGUUGAAAACAACAAACAUCUUCGUAAAAUCUUCAAAACUGACAGCAAAUCUUCGGUCGCUGAGCCAUCAAAACCCGACGAGAACUGA